UGCUCCCGCGCGGCUUCCGUCCUUGUUAUGUUUUGUGGACUGUCCUAUCCAAGAUGGCGGAGCAGCUGGACAGAGUCCGGAUCUCAGCCGCGGAACUUCGCGCUGAGGCGGCCAACAAACCUCCCGACGCCGGCGACUCGUGCAAAGAGAACUGUCCCACGGGCAAGAAGUCCCGGCGGCAUCCUGACGUGCAACGUUAUCAGCGAGUACCUGGACAGGGCCGACAUCACCGUGAAAGUGAAGAGGCAGAAACGGCUCCAAGUGACCGUGGACCCCGGACCUCCGACUCACAAGGCUUAAACCAAAAAACCAAACCAAAGAACCCAAAAAAAGGCCUCCGUGCUUCGGGGAGAACGGAGUGCACAGAUGCCGUCAUGAGUGCAGGCGAAAGAACCGACGGCAGACUAAAAAGUGACGGCGGUAGUGCUGUGAAUUGCAAAGGGGAUGCCUGCCCUCAGCUUAAAACCGAGGACCCCAGGGACAAAGACUUUGGUCAAAAUGACCGGGAAGGCCUGGAACUUUCGGGUGCUGCUAAGCCAAGGAAAGCUCGCAAGCCUGACCGUGAAUUUUAUCAGCCUGGAAGUCGCAAAAACGUACAGGGAAAAGAUAGCGGCGCGGGGAACAAUAAAGAAGUUAAAGGUACCCAGGAAACGGUGAAGUUGGCUAAACCCAAUGAGAGUAGCAAAGAUGGCGAAAGAACCCCCUCUGAUGCUGCAGUGGACAGUCUCGCGAGUCAAGCGGAGAAACUUAGCGUCAAAGGAAAGGCUAAAGGCAGUGACGAAGCGGGCGGCAGGAAAGGGAAGACAGGCGACCAGGAAAGAAGAGAGCAGGGCAGUGGAACCAAAGACGAGGAGGGAGAGAAGAAGCGCAACCGUAGGAGGAGAGGAAGCGACAAGGAGAGAAAUCAAGAGUGCAGGAGAGGAGAUGAUGGCGGUGUGAGAGCGGAGAGGGGAAACCAGCAGGAGAGAACCGAAGCUGACCGGGCGAAUAAGACAGGGAAGGAGGGAGAGAUGCUGCAGAACAAAGGAAGAGAGAACCACAGAAAAAGUGAUAACAGCAGCAGCCGAGCCCCAGCCAGAGAGCAGCCUGACAAGGACGCUCCAGCACAAAGAAACGUGGAAAGGAAAGCGAGCAAAUCAAACGUCACCGCGAGCACCUCGAAGCGUUAUUCCAAAUCGGACAUCCGGCGCCCUCGCAAUCGUACUUAUAGCAGCAGCUCAGCCAGCAGCGCGGACAGAACCAGACGGCCGCCUUCCGCAUCCAAGUCCGACAACAGAGAAAAGGGGACGACUAGCGAGGGGGGGCGUAGACCCCAUUUGCAGAGCUGGUCCACCAAUCGGGAGUCGUCCACAGACUCGAGGGAAGGAAGCGAGAUGAGCGACGACAAGACCAGGACGUAUAGGAAGGACGGCGCGAGUGCGGACAGGAGGAGGGAAGAGCGCCACAGGCCUAAAGGGAACAAAGCCCGAGGGCGAGGAAUCCUUAGAGUGUCCUUGGAAAAACAGGCUAGUUCCUCAUCUCGUGGCGGGGAAUGCCACAAGCAGGUCCUGGGACCUCGGGGUCGGGGUGGGGGUAUCCUGGUCCUGCCGUCCCGCACCGACAUCUCCAAUUCACCCGUGGUUGGUCAAAGGCUGCUCUUUGGUGGGAAUAGAGGAGGGGCCACAUCCAGGGCGCGCGGCGGGCGUGGAGGAGGAGCGAGGCGACUCUGGGAUCCAAACAAUCCUGACCAGAAACCUGCACUUGCUCCCAGCCAGUCCUCGCAGCAUCAGUCCCUGCAGCCGCCGGUCUACCUCCAAACGGGGACCGGAUAUGGACAACUUCACUUUCUGGACACAGAUGAUGAAGUGUCAGGAAGCCCCCCGGUCCACCAGGGGGACAACUUCCGCUCCCAGCAGCAGGCCGCGACCUUGGCCUACUAUAAGUUCCAGAACUCUGACAACCCCUACUGCUACCCUGUGCCUGCCAGCGGCCCGGCCAAUCCCGGCACGGGCCCGCGCUACCCCUUCCCCUACAUGGGCCCCUACCAGAUAGCCAACGGAGUCUACCCGGGCCAGUUCUGUGCCACUUACAGAGGUUACUCCCAGCCGGGAAGUGGUCUGACAUUGGAGGAGGCGGAGCUACACGCCAGAGGCGAGCUGUGUCUGCUGCUGAGGGCUGCGGACUCCCAGGAGCUGCAGCUCAGCAACCUGCUGUCCCGGGACAGACUCAGCGCUGACGGACUGGAGCGCAUGGCCCAGCUCAGAGUGGAGCUGCUGGGACUCUACGAGCGCGUGGUUCUGACGGACAUCGAAUUCGCGGACUCGCAGAACGUGGACCAAGCUCUGUGGAAGAACGUCUUCUAUCAAGUCAUUGAACGGUUCCGUCAGCUGCUCAAAGACCCCGCCUCUGACAACACGCCGCACAUCAGGAACAUGCUUCUCACGCUGCUUGAUGAGGGAGCACAGUUCUUUGACACUCUGCUGCAGAAGCUGCAGACCGUCUACCAGUUCAAGCUGGACGACUACAUGGACGGCAUGGCCAUCAGGGCGCGGCCCCUGCGCAAAACCGUGAAGUACGCGCUCAUCAGUGCUCAGAGGUGCAUGAUCUGUCAAGGAGACAUCGCCCGUUACCGAGAACAAGCCAGCGACACCGCCAACUACGGGAAAGCACGCAGCUGGUACCUGAAAGCCCAGCAGAUCGCCCCCAAAAAUGGCCGUCCGUACAACCAGCUGGCCCUGCUGGCGGUCUACACCAAGCGCAAGUUGGACGCGGUGUACUACUACAUGCGCAGCCUGGCGGCGUCCAACCCCAUCCUGACGGCCAGGGAAAGCCUCAUGAGCCUGUUCGAAGAAGCCAAGCGCAAGACGGAGCAGCUGGAGCGCCGCCGGAGGCAGGAGGAGCAGGAGGGAGGCUCCAGGGGUCCCGCCGUCAGGGGGAGGGCGAGGGGAGAGGAGGGCGCGCGCUCGGAGAUGUGGGUUCGCCCGAGCGGACACGUGGCGAGGGCGGCGUCCCAGAGAGCAGGAAGUGAGUCCAGCCGGGAUUCAGAGCAGGAUGGCGAGCUCAGCAGCCUCAGCGCCAAUGACCUCAACAAGAGAUUCAUCCUCAGUUUCCUGCACGCACACGGAAAGCUCUUCACCAAAGUGGGCAUGGAGUCCUUCCCCAGGGUGGCCAGGCGGGUUCUGCAGGAGUUCCGGGCGCUGCUCCAGCACGGCCCCUCGCUGCUAGGCAGCACACACAUGCUGCAGAUCAUCACCAUCAACAUGUUCAUCAUCCACAACGUGCUCAGUCGAGGAGACGGCGGAGAAAGCCGCUCGCUGCUGCAGGAGCAGAGCACGGCGCUGGGCCUGGCCAUGUUUGCGCUGAUGGUGCAACGCUGCACGGAGCUGCUGAGGGACGUUCCUUCAGCUGCUGCAGCCGUGUCGGAGGAGGAGACGGAGAGCGAGCUGGACGGUCUGGUGAAGGUCUCGGAUUUCCCCGCGGACCUCCGAGAACUCCUGCCGAGCAUCAAGGUCUGGUCGGACUGGAUGCUGGGACACCCGGACCAGUGGAACCCGCCCCCCUGCAGUGUGGACUGCAGCCCCGACGUGUGGCAGUGCUUGGCCAGCCUGUGCAACGUGUUGGCCCGCGUGGACCACGGCGAGGCGCCGCUCUACAAGGCGGACACGGAGGACGGCGAGGGAGACGAGGAGCUGCGCGUGCUGCAGCUGAAGGAGGACAGGCUGCUGGCGGGCUUCGUCCCCCUGCUGGCGGCGCCGCAGGAGCCCUGCUACGUGGACCGGCACGCCGACACGGCCAUGGCGGCAGACUGCAAGAGAGUGACCGUGCUCAAGUACUUCCUGGAGGCUUUGUGCGGACAGGAAGAACCCCUGCUGGCCUUCAAAGGAGGCAAAUACGUCUCGGUGGCGCCUCCUCCGUCCAACAGCUCUGUGGAUGUGAAGACCAGGCAGGACUCUCUGUCGGAGAAGGAGACGGAUGAUGUCAUUGUGGAGGCGGAGUCGUCUCUGUCUGCGUCCGACGGCGAGGACGAGGAGGCGGCGGACAGCGAGAGCGACAUCAGGCGCCUGAAGGCUCGACGCCACGUCCUCGCCAACAAAGUGGCGCAGGAGCAAAAGCGCAGGGAUAAAAUCCAGGCGGUGCUGCAGACCAGCGGGCAGCUGCAGCUGGAGGUCAGGCCUCUCUUUCUGGUCCCGGACACCAACGGCUUCAUCGACCAUUUGGCGGCGCUGCAGCGGCUCCUCCAGUGUGGCACGUACAUCAUCGUGGUGCCGCUCAUCGUCAUCACGGAGCUGGACGGCCUGGCUAAAGGACAGGAGCCUUUCGGCGGAGGACAGGGACACGGCAACUCCAACUCCAACGUCAGCGCGGCGCACGUGCGGGCCGUGCAGGAGAAGGCGCGUUUGGCGGUGAUGUUUUUGGAGCAGGGCUUCGAGGCGCGGGAGCCACGCCUCCGAGCGCUCACCAGUCGGGGGAACCAGCUAGAGUCCAUCGCCUUUCGCAGCGAAGACACGUCCGGCCAGCAGGGCAACAACGAUGACGUCAUCCUGUCCUGCUGCCUCCACUACUGCAAAGACAAGGCCAAGGACUUCACGCCGGACCAGAGAAAUGGCACGGUGAGGCUGCAGAGGGAGGUGGUGCUCCUCACCGACGACCGCAACCUGCGCGUCAAGGCUUUGACCCGCAACGUCCCCGUCCGGGACAUCCCCGCCUUCCUCAGCUGGGCCAAAGUGGGCUGAACCGCGCCGGGAAGGUCCCAUCCGCGACUUGCCCACUCCACCAGGAAGGUUCCUCCUCCUCCUCGUUAUAGUGUGUGUGUGCGCGAGUGUGUGUGUUGGUGUGUGUGUGUGUGCUUUGCCCACAAGGGGCCGUGAGACUUGACAGCGAAAGGCCAGGAAGGAAGCGAAGGUGUGAUUUGACGUGUGACUGUCCUCUGCUCAUGAGCGCCACCACCGCACUUCUCACAGAGAGCCACACCACAAGGGGGCGCUGCCCGCCGUCUAGGCGUGGCCAGGGCGAGCAGGUGUUUCCCCCGCCAACAGGAAGUGUGAAGAGAACCGGCUCGGCGACUUCGCUCUCAGGUUUGGUCGUCGGAACGCUUUUGUUAUUUACUCCACCUCUUUUCCGCUAAAGCUUACGUUACAUUCCAGGCGUCUGCUCGUUAGAGUAAAGCAACCGCAAGUCUUUUACACAGCGGAACUAUUUCUUCACUCACUUCUACUCCUCCACCCUUUGUGUUGCUUCUGCUUCGUGGCAUGGAGAUCAUUAAACAGGAAUGAGCUCCACCUGACUCGAUGAUGUCAGUACAAUGUUGGCCACCGUGGAAAAAAAGUCACAUUUUACACCCUCAGGUUGGGUAAAUGGUAAAUAAAAAGAGAAUACAAUGAUUUGCAAAUCCUUUUCAGCUUAUAUUCAGUUGAAUAGACUGCAAAGACGAGAUAUUUAACUUUAUUUUUUUGCAAAUACUAGCUCAUUUGGAGUUUGUUUCAAAAAAGCUGGCAGGAGUGGCAAAGAAGACUGAAAACGCUGAGGAAUGCUCACCAAAGACUUGUUUGGAACAACACACAGGUGAACAGGCUAAUUGGGAACAGGUGGGUGCCAUGAUUGGCUAUAAAAGCAGCUUCCAUGAAAUGCUCAGUCGUUCACAAACAAGGACGGAGCGAGUGUCACCACUUUGUCAACAAAUGCCUGAGCAAAUUGUUUUAGAACAGUAUUUUUCAACGAGCAAUUGCAAGGAAUUUAGGAAUUUCACCAUUGACGCUCUCUAAUAUCAAAAGGUUCAGAGAAUCUGGAGAAAUCACUGCACGUAAGCCAUGGUAUUACGCACCUCGGAUCCCUGCAUCAAAAAGCCACAUCAGUGUGUAAAGGAUAUCACCACAUGGGCUCAGGAACACUUCGGAAAAUUCAACAUCGACGCUCUGUAAUAUCAUCAAAAGGUUCAGAGAAUCUGGAGAAAUCACUGCACGUAAGCCAUGGUAUUACGCACCUUGGAUCCCUGCAUCAAAAAGCCACAUCGGUGUGUAAAGGAUAUCACCACAUGGGCUCAGGGACACUUCGGAAAAUUCACCAUCGACGCUCUGUAAUAUCAUCAAAAGGUUCAGAGAAUCUGGAGAAAUCACUGCACAUAAGCCAUUGUAUUACGCACCUCGGAUCCCUGCAUCAAAAAGCCACAUCAGUGUGUAAAGGAUAUCACCACAUGGGCUCAGGAACACUUCGGAAAAUUCACCAUCGACGCUCUGUAAUAUCAUCAAAAGGUUCAGAGAAUCUGGAGAAAUCACUGCACGUAAGCCAUGGUAUUACGCACCUUGGAUCCCUGCAUCGAAAAGCCACAACAGUGUGUAAAGGAUAUCACCACGUGGGCUCAGGAACACUUCAGAAAA